GGCCUUGUUCAUCUUGAUGCGCUCCCUGCCGAUGCCUAUCUUUCCCAACCUAGCGACGAGCCGCUCGCCAUGGUGGACGCAUACAUCCAGCGCCGUGACGCCGAUGCCCCGCUCACAGCCAUGAUCCUCGUCACUGGCUCCUCACUCCUUGCCACUGCCGCCGAGGACUCGGAUGUCAUCUGGCUCUACUCGCUGGAAACGCUUCGCCCGGUGACGUCGCUGACGGCGCAUCCGGCUCCGAUCACCGCCCUAUUCAUCGUCCCCGGCCCUCCUCGCCUCCUCUCCGGCGACGCCGACGCAGGCCUUCUCGUCUGGGAUCUCUCCACCUUUCAGCUCCUCUCCCAGACCGAUCAUCAGCCGUCGCACACACCGCCGCGCCACGAAUUGCCUCCGCCCCCGCCGCGUUCACGUAUCACGCUCCGUCACAAGACCCGCCCAGGUGCUGUCUCGGCUGUCACCGCCGAUGACGUUGGGCACUACGCGCUAGUCGCUCGCUCCUCCUCGCUCUUUGUCGUUGUCCUCGAGACGAGCGCCGUCGCUUCGUCGGUGACAAACGCUCACGCGGAUGUCAUUGCUGCCGUUCACUUGCUGGCGCCAUCUCGUGCCCUCUCGGUCGACGUCUCUGGCGCUACCCGCCUUUGGUCCUUCCCCGAUCUUGUCCCGCUCGCCACCCUCGACGUGCUCGCCAGCGAUUUGGUAGCACUCACUGUCGCCUCGUCGUGCGCCGUUGCCAUUACGGACGGCGAUUCCACUCUGGUUUGGCACAACGACGCACAGUACUCUAACGCCCUCUGUACAGCGGCCUCGCUUCAUCUCUCCCUGCUUCACGCUCAACCGCCAGCGCACGCGUUCGAGCCUAGUCCCCCAGACACCACCGGCGCAAUGUGCUCGCCGUUCAUCGUGAACGAGAGUAUGGGCGAUGAUGCUGAGAGCAUGCCACCGCGCUCGCCGGCUAUGUACACCUCCAGCGCCUCCCCUGGCCCGCCCGACCUGCCAGCCUCCCACGACAAGACGGCCGACUGAGCGUCAUAUCCAAUCCCGAAGACGACUCCACCAAGAUAGAGGCCAGUCACGUUGACCUUGGUUGGCCUCCUCGUCCCAGUAGCCGUACCCACCUGCAGG